CGGGGCGCGCGGCCCGCGUACCCCGCCGGCGCGCCCGCCUGCCCGUCGGUCCGUCCGUCCCGUCCCGCGGCCGCCGCACCCGCCAGCCAUGAGCUCCACGCAGUUCAACAAGGGGCCCUCGUACGGGCUCUCGGCCGAGGUCAAGAACCGGCUCCUGUCCAAAUACGACCCUCAGAAGGAGGCAGAGCUCCGCAGCUGGAUUGAGGGACUUACUGGCCUGUCCAUUGGCCCCGACUUCCAGAAGGGUCUGAAGGAUGGGAUUAUCUUGUGCACACUCAUGAAUAAGCUGCAGCCGGGCUCAGUCCCCAAGAUCAACCGCUCCAUGCAGAACUGGCACCAGCUAGAAAACCUCUCCAACUUCAUCAAGGCCAUGGUCAGCUAUGGCAUGAACCCCGUGGACCUGUUCGAAGCCAACGACCUGUUUGAGAGUGGGAACAUGACACAGGUGCAAGUGUCUCUUCUCGCCCUGGCUGGGAAGGCCAAGACAAAGGGGCUGCAGAGUGGCGUGGACAUCGGCGUCAAGUACUCGGAGAAGCAGCAGCGGAACUUUGAUGAUGCCACCAUGAAGGCAGGCCAGUGCGUCAUCGGGCUGCAGAUGGGCACCAACAAAUGUGCCAGCCAGUCGGGCAUGACGGCUUAUGGCACCAGAAGGCAUCUGUACGACCCCAAGAACCAUAUCCUGCCCCCCAUGGACCACUCGACCAUCAGCCUCCAGAUGGGCACAAACAAGUGUGCCAGCCAGGUGGGCAUGACCGCUCCAGGGACCCGGCGGCACAUCUACGACACCAAGCUGGGGACAGACAAAUGUGACAAUUCCUCCAUGUCUCUGCAGAUGGGCUACACGCAGGGCGCCAACCAGAGUGGCCAGGUUUUUGGCCUGGGCCGGCAGAUAUAUGACCCCAAGUACUGUCCUCAAGGCCCGGCAGCCGAUGGGGCUCCAGCAGCUGCUGGUGACUGCCCAGGCCCUGGAGAGGCUCCAGAGUACCCCCCCUACUACCAGGAGGAGGCGGGCUACUGAAGUGCUUCUGCAAGCUCUUCCCCCCCCCCAUUGCCCCAUGUGGGUUUUGGGGUUUUUCCAUGUUUUUGUCUUGUUUUUCUACGUAGCUGAAUGCUAACAGCUGAGGGUCUUGGGGGAAGGGGGGAAGGCCUUGUCCAGUUGCAUAUGGGAUGGGGGUCAGGCUUUGGGCCAAACUGUGGGGCAGGGAGAAGAAACCCAGGUAGGGAGGGGUCCGGCCCCCAGUGGUUUCCGGUUGCUUCUUCCCCUCUUCUCUUUUCUCUGCUGAUCAGUUUGUGGUUUCUAUACCCAUACAAGUUUCAGGUAGUUUUAGUGAAAUGAAAAUACUUUUUUUUCAGGGGGGUGGGGGAGGUGUUAGGAAGGAAGUAGGUCCUCUGGGAGAAGGCCAGGCCAUAGUCCCAAAAUAUUUUAGGCCUUAUGAUGUACUAGAUUUCCCUAGGAUCCUUAGACCACCAACUCUAGCCCUCCCAGGUGCCCAGUGGGGACACUGAGGCCCAGAGAGGACAGUGGAGUUCUGAGUAACUGAGGCAAAGCCAGACCCCUCCCAAUACCUGAUUCCACCCCCCCACCAAGUACUGCACAGGGACCCCCACCUGGAGGCCCUCCCUGGGACCAGCCCCUGCCCCAGAGCUCUGGGAUCAAGAAAUAAUGUGAAAUACCGACUGUGGACCAAAGGAAAUAAAACCUCUUUUUAGGAAA